AUGCUGAAGAUGCUGCAUGUCCCGAUUUGUUGUCUAGCUCUAGGAGUUGUCGUUCACAGGCAACAAAAUCGAGGUUUCAUAAGCAUUGAUUGCGGGGCACCUAAUGAUUACCAUGAUGAUGAUCUUGACAUAUACUACAAGGCCGAUGUGGGGUUUGUCGAUUCCGGAACAAACAUGCAGGUGUCUACCCAGGUCAUCUACCAAAACAACCUACAACAAUCAAAGAACCUCAGGGCUUUCCCCAAUGGAACAAGGAAUUGUUACACAUUAAUGCCAGAUGUAGGAAAGGGCAACACAUAUUUGGUCAGGGCUUCAUUUUGGUAUGGGGACUAUGAUGGCAAGAAUCAAACCCCGGCAUUUGACCUUCAUAUCGAUGGUAACUAUUGGACCACAGUGAACACUUCGUCUUGGUCAUACGCAGAGAUUAUUUACACUAUUCCAAGAGAUUACAUUCAAGUUUGCUUGGUGAAUAUCGACUCCAGAGUACCAUUCAUAUCAGCUCUCGAGUUGCGGUUACUGGAUAACUCGACUUACCAGAUCAAUUCCGAUGCACUUGUAACCAUCUGGAGAUAUAAUUUAGGGAGCAUAGGCACAUAUAGGCAUCCAGAAGAUGUAUAUGAUCGCAUCUGGGCCAGUCAGACUUAUAGUGGAAGUUGGUCGUCAGUCAGUAACACGACAAACAUCGCGACAAGUACAAGGAAUGAUGCUUACAAAGUUCCCCCUGAAGUUCUGAUGACCGCCACGCAAGUACAAGAUGUCACUGAUCCUUUGAUUCUGUCCUGGAACUCAGCCAACUCCACCACUGUCUGGUAUAUAUACUUUCACUUUGUGGAGUUGCAACUGCAAAAGGGCCUAUUGGGCCUAUUCAGAGAACUCGAAGUAUACGUACAAGAUAAAUACGUGGACACCAUCAUGCUCGAGAACCUAAAGCCAGUGACCGUAGCCUCAUUGCCCAUAAGCGGACAUGUUUUGAACUUGACUGUUAGUGCAACAGCCCGCUCUAGUCUGCCACCUCUCCUCAAUGUUGUCGAGUCUACAGUGGCGCUGCUUCCAAAUACACCAACUUUUCUGGAUGAUUUCAAUUCCAUGUAUGACGUCAAGAAAACAUAUGGAGUGAUCAGAGCUAGCUGGCAGGGUGAUCCUUGCGUUCCUACACAGUACUCUUGGAGCGGACUGAAUUGUAGCUAUAAUAGUUCUCCGAGAAUCGUCUCAUUGAACCUGAGCUCUAGUGGACUGAAAGGACUGAUAGCUACAUCGAUCUCCAAUUUGACAGCAGUUGUAUCCCUGGAUUUAUCCGACAAUUCGUUAACGGAGUCCGUUCCCGAGUUUUUAACACAAAUGCCGAGCUUGAAAGUUCUGAAUUUAAGUGGAAACAACUUGAAUGGCUCUGUUCCUCGAACUCUCUUGAAGAGGAAGGCAGAUGGAUCAUUACUGCUAAGCUUAGAUGGAAAUCCAACUCUUUGCCAAUCAGACAAUUGUCAGUCCGGCAAUGCUCAGCCAAAGAAAAAGAUUGCUUCAAUCAUUUCAUCAGUUGCGGCGGUUCUGGUCUUGAUUUUAUUGGGUGCUCUUGCAGUAUUGUGGAUAAUCAGAAGAAACCAAAUCCAAAAUGUUGCUACUAUUACUACUGCCACCACUUCUGGAGGACCUACUGGGACAUUAAAGUUGUCAAAAAAUCGACCUUUUACAUCCACUGAGGUUACAAGAAUGACUGAUAACUUUAGAACAGUAAUUGGAGAGGGAGCAUUUGGGAAAGUUUACUACGGCAGACUUGAUGAUGGCACUCAAGUCGCAGUAAAAAUGUUAUCUCGAUCAUCAAAGCAAGGCUACAAGGAGUUUCAUGCAGAGGCCCGACUCCUGAUGGUCGUUCAUCGUAGAAAUCUCGUUUCACUUAUCGGAUAUUACGAAGAAUUUGAAACCAUGGCUCUGAUUUAUGAAUUCAUGUCCAACGGAAAUGUCCACCAGCAUUUGUCAGCACACAACCCUAAUGUUUUGAGUUGGAGCCAGAGACUACAAAUCGCGAUCGAUGUAGCUCAAGGAUUGGAGUACUUGCAUAAUGGCUGCAAACCUCCCAUUGUCCAUAGAGAUUUGAAGACGACCAAUAUUUUACUAAACGAACACAAGCAAGCAAAGAUUGCUGAUUUUGGAUUGUCGAAGGCAUUUGUAACAGAGCAUGAUUCUCACAUUUCGACUCGCCCAGCAGGAACCCCUGGUUAUCUCGAUCCGAAGUUUCAUAUAUCUGGAAACUUGAGCAAGAAAAGCGACGUGUACAGCUUUGGAGUAGGUUUACUCGAGUUAAUCACGGGCCACCCCGCCAUCAUAAGAAGUCCGGAGGGCAGCAUGCACAUACUUCACUGGGUAACUCCGCUCAUAGAAAGAGGGGACAUCCAAAGCAUUGUCGAUCCGAGGUUAAAUGGCCAAUUCAACAUCAGUUCUGCAUGGAAAGCGGUGGAAAUAGCCAUGUCGUGUGUGCCAAUGAUGGCGGUCCAAAGGCCGGACAUGAACCUUGUCCUGUCGGAACUAAAAGAAUGCUUGACGGCAGAGGUUGGUCCAGGAAGAAGCCAAAGAAUGGGAAAUAGCUUGAGAAGAAGCGAGUCUUUUGAGAUGACCUCAAUUGACCUUGAUAUUUCUCCGAGAGCAUGUUAA